GGAUGAUGAAUUGGCUACUACAUCAUUUUCAACCUCAUCCUCAAGCCUCUUCGUUUUUCCCACCAUCGCGCGCCAUUCUGGAGAGACUUCUUUUUCUUCUGAGGACUUGAAACGAUGUCGUUUAGCUCGUCUCUUUCAUCUCCCAGCUCUCUGUUUCUCUUCUCCAAAUCCAAACCUGUCAGCUCUCGAUUCAGAGCUUCUGCUGAAGUACCUGAUUUCCUCUCGGCCGAUUGGCUGGAAUCGCGGAAGAAGAGACCUUUCGGGCCGAGAUUAAAUUUUAGCGCAGAAGAAGCUGUUCAGCACCAGCUAGAUGCCUUGAAGUACAAUGACCAACCUCGCCCUGAUUAUGGCAUUGAGGUCAUGUACAGGUUUGCUGGGUUUGAUCCUUUUGAGAGGUCAACCUACUUUGGGCCAUUCUUUGAUUUGGGGCAGUUUGAACGGUUCAGGCGGAUAUUUCACCAUUCGACCUAUAGGGUGUUACUGGCUCACAAGGAGAGGGAAAUAUUGAGCAGUUUGUUUGUAGAGGAGAAUCGAUAUAAGCAGCGGGUUUGGAUACGAGGAAGUCGGCCAGAGGAAGAGGAGACAUUUCAGUUUACAAUGGUUCAGAGGGUUGGUGGCUCAUGGGAUGGUUAUUGGUUGACAGAGAGUGUACUUCAUGAUGGAGAUGCUUUUGCUGGCGGUUUAGCCUAUUGAACAUUCAAUACAGCAGCUACUGUAUCAUUUGUAUGAUGGAAGUCUGGAUCCUUUGUCUCUGUUGUUUAUACACGGCAUUUGCUCACCUACCUACUAUCUACCUUAGAAUUUGUAUAUGAAAGAAUAAGUUAAGCUAUAAUGCCCAUCAUGUCCAUUUAGUAUUGUGGGUGAACUUUGUAAAUCAAAUCUUGAAAUCUUGUAUAUCCAGCUCUUUUAUGUUCAGGACUUGUCCGAAUUGUGGAUAUCUUUCUCUCUCAACUCCAGCAGGCGCUAGAUUUCUA